AUGAACAGAGAUUUAUACCAAACGCUUAGUUUUGGUACAGCUAAAAGUAGGAAAAGAAAGCAGUUGGUAUCUGAGGACUUGGUUGGCCCGCUUUCUGCAAUUGCUUAUAAGGAAUGCGAUAAACCUGUUUCCAAGAAGAAGAAGAAGAAUAUUUUUGAGGACGAGUUGACCGCUACUGAGCUCUUUCUGAAAACGAGGAGGGUUGAUGAUGCACGGGAAAUUACUGUGACUGCGAAGUACGAUGGAGUAUGGUCGAUUUUGUUUAACUCGUAUAUUCAAUUUUUAGGCCCAAAAGAUCCGAAAGGCGAACAAAAUUUUUGUAUGGGGAGAAGAUAUACCUCACCCAAUGAUAGAUUUUAACGAGUUGCGCCUACCAAAGGAAAUUAUGGAGAACUUAAAGGCUUUUAAUAUUAAUGUUCCAACCCCAGCCCAAAUGCAGGUGAUUCCUUUGCUUUUUGAGAAACGAGAUUUGCUUGUCAGCGCCCCAACCGGAUCCGGAAAGACGAUGGCCUUUCUGUUACCUAUUGCCAAGCAAGCCUUGGAUGUUGGAGUAAAGAAAGACGAAUUGUUUUCCAUUUUUGUUGCUCCCACUGCAGUGUUGGCGGAACAGGUAAGUUUUUCUAAACUUGGUUAACACCGUACUUCAGAUUUUUGAAAAUGUAACGCAGCUUAUAAAGGGCCUUCCCUUGAAGGCUGUUCUCGUCACUUCAGAAAAAAAACCUGGCUUGGGUAAGACGUUAGUUUCAGAAAGAGCUGAAACAUAUUGAUUCAGGUAAUUUUGUUGUUUGCACCCCAAGCAAGUUUAUUAACUGUGUUAAACAUGGACUAAUCAAAAAGGAUGCUCUCGAGAAUACUGAAUGGCUUGUGGUUGACGAAGCGGAUCGACUUUUUGACACGACCGAGGGGAAGAGGAAUUUCAGAAUUCAGGUAGCUAAUCUUAGUAUUUAUUCUAAUAGUAGAAGUUUGCAGUUGGGUGAAAUUUUUAAAAUGACCGAUUCUCCGCAGACAAGACGUGCCUUCUUCAGUGCGACUUUCUCGGCUGUGGUCGAACGAUGGUGUAAAGAUAACUUAAUGGAUGUCGCCACAGUUUGUGUCGGCCCUAGGUAUGUAUUGUUACAUGGCCUUUGCUGAAUUUUUCAGAAACACUUCCAAUUCCGAUGUUGUCCAGGAGCUGAAGUUCUCGGGCGAUGAGCAUGGAAAGAUGUUUUUGGUGGAGGAUAUUCUUCGCGAAGGCUUUGAUCCACCGGCCCUGAUCUUUGUCCAGAGUAAAGAAAGAGCUGGGGAACUAUUUGUUCAACUCCAGAAAGGUUUUCCACAUAUUCCGAUGAGAUUGAUGUCAAGUGAAUUGACAACAGAGGCCGUAAGUAUACUCCGCGCAUAAAGUUUUGACCCCAAAUACUGACAACUUACAGGGGAAGUACUCCAAGUGCGACGCUCAGAUUUUGAUGAAACUUGGCACAAUAUUUAGAAUAAUUUUUUCUAAGAUAUAUGCGAGAAUCUCAGCUCACGCUUUGCAGAAACAAUCGAGAUUUUUAGGUCGAAAGUCGGCGAAAAUUUAGGACUUUUUGCCGAAUUUCGGCACGAAAAGUUUCAUGCCCAUUUCUACCGUAAAGAAUAAUGUUUCUGCAAAAAAUCAAAUUUUUCCGCACGAAACUGCCAAAGUUAUGGACAAAAGGCCUUUUUCUCUCUGACCGCUCUCCACGUUUAGCGUGCUCUCUCCGCGGCAAAAAUCGUUCGAUAUCUCGGCGGCGCCCGCAAAGCGCGAGCUAAAACUUUCAGGAAUUGAUUUUUAAUCCAUACCGGACGUGUGUGAAAAAUUUAAAGAAAAUCUGAGCGUCGCAGUUGGAGUACUUCCUCUGUUAGUAACAAAAAAUAGCAUAGCAAAACAUACGAAAUCCAGGGGCAAUUUUCAAAAAUCGCCUUAAAAAAUCAGGAAAAUUUUUCGAAAGCCAUCGAAAGAGAUUCCGAGUAGAAAGAGACCGCCAACGUGGAAAUAGUGGGUAACCAAUUACGAGGAUUUCGAAUGACAUCCAUUUUUUCUGAAGUGGUUUCGAAGGUGUUGAUUUCGAAAAUAUAAGAGUGAAGAAAUAAGAUCGCACCGGUCGUUCCGAAGCGAAACGUUAAAAACGCUUUCCUCACUUUUUUUUUUUUAAAAUAGAAUGGAAAAAAUGAGGCCGACAUGAGAAAAAAAGCUCGGGAAAGCAAAUUUAGCGUCUUUUUCAAAAUCUGAAAACCGGUCUUAUUUCUUCAUUUUUAUAUGUUACUUUUUUCUGAUUUUUAGUUUUUUUUCUUAAGUAGUACUGGUAAAUUAAGAAUAGUUUUUUUUUUGUUUUCCAAAAGGCUACGUGACUGAUCAGUGUUUCCGCACAGAGAAUUAUCAGAUGUAUGGAUUUGCUUCUCAUCCAGACUGAUUGGAUUAUUAACGCCCUUUAGGGACAGCAUAUUACGAAAUAUAAUUUAAAUAUGUAAAUAGUAGCAAGUGUUAAAAAAUGCGUUUUUUGAGAGUACUAGGCACCACCAUUAACGCCUAAAGUCCAAAUUUUCACCUUGUAUUAGGUCGUGACCAGAGAUUGCCAACGCCAAAUUUGCAGCUCCGGCUCCCGGCUCCGUGCAAACUUUAAAAAAAUGUCUUCGGCUCCGAAUCCCGGCUCCUAUGCAAAAAUUUUUUUUAAAAUAUUUUUUCGAAAAUAAAAUUUAUUAGUGCCGUCUGGUCAAACAGCCAACGUUUUUGCAGCCAAGCUAAAAAAAAGGACUCUCGCACACUAGUCAUCAAGUUUGGCCAUUUUGAGAAUCUUUUACAACCGCCUUGACCCUACUUACGACCUAGGUUGUAGGCUUGGUCAAUCGAGCGGAUAGGGUGACCUAUCCGCUCGGAACUAUCCAGGUUGCCCUACUGAAACUCCGACGAGACCAGCACCUUCGAAAACUCCAAAAUAAAUAUUUCAAAAAAUUUUUUUUUUAACACUACUGUUUAAAAGACGAUUUUUGGCUCGCUGCGUCAGCCCGGGACAUUCAAAAAAAAUUUUUUUGAGUUUUUUGGCCUAAAAUGUUGGUAUGGGUCACUAAAACACAUUCCCAAAAUUUUUUUGCCCAGUGAUGCCCGGAAGGUAGAAAUUUGCAUAUGGUUAUAACCGUUCUUCUGAGCUCUGCUGUUGCCGUCGCAAUAAAGACGACUUGACGAAACCGACACCAUAUAGGUUUUGGUGGAUGGCGAAUUCAAAAAUCGCAAUUUCAAGUUAGUAGGAUUACUGUAACAUAAAGUUUUUGACCUUCGGUCGAUAAAAAUCGACCGUAUCUCCUUCAAAUCAAAAAUCCCACAAGAUUUUAUUGCAGAUUUGGAAUCAGCAUAAAAUUCUGGUCUAGGAACAUGUAAUUUGCAUCCUUGAUUCCGUGGCAGAUAAAUCAUGGCGCAGUGGGUUUUGACGAAAACUAGUAAUCUGACGACCCUGGUUCGAUCCCCGCUGGAGACAAAUAUUGUAAAAAAUGUGGAAAUGACAUUUAAUGUAAUUAUGAGGGUUAUAUAAGCAACGCUAAGUAUUUUUAGACAUCAAUGGAACAUGGAUUUGAGGUUAGAACAGGGUUUACAUUAUUUUAGUCUCGGAAUCCGUGAAAAAUAAAACUGCUUCAAACGGGCUGAAAUUGAUAACACCUAUUCUAGGCCUAAUUCUUAGAAACUUUUACGUUAACUUUUUUUUGUUAGAUUACUGUAUCGUGGAUUACGGUAACAUAAAACCCAAUUUUGUUUUUUCAUACCAUAAGGCGCAGAGCCAUCGGAAUAUCACGAAGAUUGUAGGAAUGGUUAAGAACGAGUGGGUUUGCGCAUUAACCCUUUCCGGACGAGUCGGCACGUACUGGUAAAAAUGAAAGAGGGUACCCUACUGAGUAACGGCAUAAUAGUGGUUCAGCCCAUCGAAGCGUUAUUUGGGACUUAUGACAAAAAAUGUCCUAAAAAGUACCCCCACUUGACAUAUGACUUUUAAAAUUUUUGCGACAAGCUGUAAAUUAGAAACUACCCCUAAAUUAAAGUCGACGAGUCCUAGUAUUGUUACAUCCAAGAACCGUCCAAAUCGGAGCUCUAUAGGAUUUGUUAUCGAUUUUUGGAAAUUGAAUUUUUAAUUUCGGUCAAUUUUGGACCUAAAAUCAAGUAUAUCUUCCGCCGGUAUCAACCAUUUCGGUCCAAAUGUGGUUUUUCCGAAUCUAUUAUGAUGCUAGCUUCUUCCUAGAAUGAUUUCAGAAAAAACCUAUGAGGCAUAUUUCUGUAAAACGCGAAAAUGUUGAAAGUGUAAAGGUUUGAUCGUAUAAAAUGUCGCCGCGAAGGGACGGGCGCACGGCAACCCGAAGUGUUUCCUGGCUCCUUUCGACAUUUCGCCCAUUUUGUAUCGGUUAAAAUCAAACGAAAUGUCACAAAAGAAUUUUUCGUGGGUUUUCCGACCGAAAAAUAUUUUUCUCGGAAUUAUUUUAUUUCUUUUUUCAAUUUUGACACUUCGUUUGGACGAAACUCAAAAGUGGGCGGGAAACAUUUUUCUUCUAUUUCGGGUUGCCGUGCGGGCGCAGCUCGAAACGAAAAAAUAACAAUUUUUUCUUCGAGAAAUAUUAUUUUAGUGUCAAAAAGCUGAUUUCAACACAAAAUACCGGCAGAAAUAGCACGCAAACAUUACCUAAAUGUCAUUUUUAUAUUUUUACUCUGUUUUCAGGCAAUUUCAAUCGAGUUUAAUUUGGUUUCACGCUAAAAUCAAACUUCUCAAAAAAUUUUAAAAUAUUUUCUAGUUUCGAGCUGCGCCCAUCCCUUCUCGGCUCGCGGCGACAUUUUAUACGAUCAAACCUUUACACUUUCAACAUUUCCGCGUUUUACAGAAUUAUGCCUCAUAGGGUUUUUCUGGAAAUAUUCUAGUAAGAAGCUAGCAUCACAAUAGAUUCGGAAAAACCACAUUUGGACCGAAAUGGUUGAUACCGGCGGAAGAUACACCUGAUUUUAGGUCCAAAAUUGACCAAAAUUAAAAAUUCAAUUUCCAAAAAUCGAUAACAAAUCCUAUAGUGCUCCGAUUUGGACGGUUCUUGGAUGUAACAAUACUAGGACUCGUCGACUUUAAUUUAGGGGUAGUUUCUAAUUUACAGCUUGUCGCAAAAAUUUUAAAAGUCAUAUGUCAAGUGGGGGUACUUUUUAGGACAUUUUUUGUCAUAAGUCCCAAAUAACGCUUCGAUGGGCUGAACCACUAUUAUGCCGUUACUCAGUAGGGUACCCUCUUUCAUUUUUACCAGUACGUGCCGACUCGUCCGGAAAGGGUUAAUAGUUCGUUUAUGGCCGUAUGUUUUGAAAUACCUGAAUUAUCUAACACAAUAUCACCAAUGGAUGAUGAGAUUAAUUCAGACUGAAAAUGAGUUCGAAUUGCAUUUUAAAUAUGAGGCAUGCCGGCUUUCUGCCGUUUGAAUAAUAUAGCCAAAAAAAAUUUAAUUUUAUGCGGAAAUUUUGAAGAAAUCGCCUUUAAGGAGGCCGAGCUUUUUGUUACCGUAAUCCACGAUACAGUAAUCCAACAAAAAAAAGUUAACGUAAAAGUUUCUUAGAAUUAGGCCUAGAAUAGGUGUUAUCAAUUUCAGCCCGUUUGAAGCAGUUUUAUUUUUCACGGAUUCCGAGACUAAAAUAAUAUAAACCCUGUUCUAACCUCAAAUCCAUGUUCCAUUGAUGUCUAAAAAUACUUAGCGUUGCUUAUAUAACCCUCAUAAUUCCAUUAAAUGUCAUUUCCACAUUUUUUACAAUAUUUGUCUCCAGCGGGUAUCGAACCAGGGUCGUCAGAUUACUAGUUUUCGUCAAAACCCACUGCGCCAUGAUUUAUCUGCCACGGAAUCAAGGAUGCAAAUUACAUGUUCCUAGACCAGAAUUUUACGCUGAUUCCAAAUCUGCAAUAAAAUCUUGUGGGAUUUUUGAUUUGAAGGAGAUACGGUCGAUUUUUAUCGACCGAAGGUCAAAAACGUUAUGUUACAGUAAUCCUACUAACUUGAAAUUGCGAUUUUUGAAUUCGCCAUCCACCAAAACCUAUAUGGUGUCGGUUUCGUCAAGUCGUCUUUAUUGCGACGGCAACAGCAGAGCUCAGAAGAACGGUUAUAACCAUAUGCAAAUUUCUACCUUCCGGGCAUCACUGGGCAAAAAAAUUUUGGGAAUGUGUUUUAGUGACACAUACCAACAUUUUAGGCCAAAAAACUCAAAAAAAAUUUUUUUGAAUGUCCGGCCCCUCGUAUUGGCUGACGCAGCGAGCCAAAAAUCGUCUUUUAAGAAAAAAAGUAAAAGUCAUACAAAAUGAACAUGAUUUUUGAAAUCUACGCCAUCGAUUACCCAACUUUUGACAUCUACGGGCAAACUUCGAAAGAGGCCUCCGAAUCGGGGGUCUCUUUUCGACUCGGGGUCUCCUUUAUGCGCGGAGUAUAAAUCAUUUUAAUUUUCUUGAUUUUUUUAGCGGACUAAAAUAUUGGAACAGCUAAAGUCAGGAGAGGUUUUUGUGUUAAUAUGCACCGAGAUGAUGGGCAGAGGUAUUGACAUCCCUGAGAUCUCUCUUGUCAUCAACUUUGACCUGCCCACCUCAGUUGCCAGCUAUAUUCACAGAAUCGGCCGAACCGGCCGUGCCGGAAGAAAUGGCAAGGCGAUCACUUUCUUUUCUUAUGGCGACAUAAAAGUGUUGCCUCCCAUCGCUUCGAUUGUAAAACAAGCUGGCUACGACGUCCCCGAGUAUAUUUUUGAGAUGAAAGUGAAUAGGUAGGUUGGAGAUGUUUAUUUUGGACUGAAAUUAGGGAUCUGAGAAAAUCACUGAAAUCGAAAGCCCCUAACAGAGAGGUCUUGGGAUCGGUAAAGAAAUGGAAGAAAGUGAAGAAAGAUGCAAUCAAGAAGAAGAUCAUGACUGGCAAACCCAAAUUUAUCAUGAAAAAAGGUCAAAAGACGAAAGCGAAAUCGGGAGAUCAAAAGCCUAAGGCCAAGAAUCAGAAGAAAGAUUAA